AUGUCCCUGCUUCUGGCUGAGCGGCCUUUCAAGGAUGUUUCAGGAAGUCUCAGCUCUGAGUCGACCGAAGGAUGCAUCCUCAAGAACACAAGCCUUGGAACAAAAGCCAUCUGCACUCACCUACACCUCAAAUCUGUUCCUCAGGACCUUCCACGGAACAUAGUAAUGGUCGAUCUCUCCUUCAAUAAGAUAUCAACCUUGUUCAACGGCUCUUUUGCAUAUUACCCAAAUAUCACUUCCUUAGGACUUGAACACAAUGUUCUGUCGAAGAUAGAACAUGGUGCCUUUGAGUCUCUGAGUCACCUCAGGAAAUUAAGUCUACGAGACAACAUACUUGUUUCUCUUCCCCCAGGGUUGUUCCGUGAAAACCGUUUCCUCUCUAUACUCAUUCUCGGCAAAAACAGAUUGGUUUCUUUCCCACGCAGUGCACUUCCUUGGUCCACCAGCAUCACGACCCUUGAUGUAUCUCAGAAUAGAAUCGCUUUUCUUGAUGCCCUUGACUUUGAACCGCUACAGAACUGCUCACUAGAAAAACUAUACCUAAGAGGAAAUGCCUUACAGACUCUUCCUUUUAAGGUUUUCUCCUAUUUGAAGACAGUGAAUUGGUUGUUGCUGUCACACAACAAUUUUCAAAACUUUAUUCCCUCAGUGAUUAUAGGGAGAAGUGCUAUUACACAUCUAGAUUUAAAUGCUUGCAAGAUUGAAUAUAUAAUUUCAGGGAACAAAUCUCACAUUGCUCUAGAAGAUCAUGGUCAAAUAUCUAUGAUAAUCAUGACAGGAAACAGAAUACGAUAUUUACCUGAUUAUGCGUUUUGGGGGUUCAAUCAGACAAAAAAAAUUUCACUUCAUAGAAACAGAGUUGCCAACUUAUCUAGUAAAUCAUUCUGUGGAUUGGACAACCUAAUUGAUUUGGAUUUGUCUUAUAAUUGCAUGACAACUCUGAGCUUUAAGACAUUCUCCUGCCUGCACAUGUUAUCCACACUUAAGCUGAAUAGUAAUCAGAUUGCAAGUCUGUUUAUUGAUUUAGUAUCAGGCUUAUCCUCACUCUCCCACCUCAACUUAGCACAUAAUAAUAUAGAAGAAAUUCCUAGGAGUAACGUGACAAUUCCUUCAGUAGAACAUAUAGACCUGUCUUCUAACAAAUUCAAAACAAUCCGAAGGUUCUUUAUGUGGAGUUUCGCAAAUCUUCAAAUUCUGAACAUGUCCAACAAUGGCAUCUCUCAGACAUACUCCCCAUACUCCUUUAUCAACUUGAGACACCUUCAAAAGCUGCAUAUCACUAACGAGAAUCAGCAAAUCAUCAACGGCGCUUUUCGCUACCUGGAACAUCUGCAAGUGUUGGACUUGUCCUUCGCUCCGUUAAAGAUGACCACCCUGAGCCAAUUUACGAAUGCUUCAUCACUCAAUAGGCUAAUCAUGCGCGACUGCAGCUUGAAAAGUGCAGAUAUACACCAUUCUAAGACAAAUAGGACCCUCUUUUGGGGAUUAAAUUCCCUGAUAGUUCUGGACCUAAGACAAAAUCAGUUUUAUAUAUUAGCGCCAGGUACUUUCAACCCCUUGAAAAAACUCAGGGUUCUUUACCUGUCUCAGUGUACUAUAUCAGUUCUGAGCUGUGGUGUCUUUGAUAGCCUGACUGCCCUCACAACUCUGGACGUCCGGGACAAUGCGAUUAUGAAGGUACCUGAGUCCCUACUUCAAAGGCAACACCACCUUGCUGUUCUGUUCUUAGGCAAUAAUAAACUUGAGACUAUUCCAAGAACAUUGUUCAAGGAAACCACCUCUUUGCACAGUCUUUUCAUCCAACAAAACAGAAUCACCACCAUAGAACCAAUGACGUCCUUCCCAACGAAUACGACACUGAGAAUAGAUGCUGCUGGAAACCCAUUCUCCUGUACUUGCCAACUGAGUUGGUUUGUGAAAUGGCUUCGUUCUGGCAACAUUGAACUCAGGCGUCCAAAGCAAACUCUCUGCUCACUAACAUCAAUCAAAGCAGAGGUGGAUUCACCCAUACUAACAUUUAACCCAGACAAAUAUUGUGGAAUAAACUUUGUGAUGAUCACAAGUGUAUGCCUUUCAGGUCUUCUGGUAUUGGUGAUUGGCCUGGUGGCUUACCGGCAGCGAUGGUGGCUGAACUACAAGUUCUUCCUCCUGAAGCUAGCCAUCUUUGGCUACGAGGAAAUCAACCAUGAAUUUGAUGCACAGGACUACGAAUACCAGCUAAACAUUAUGUAUAACGAAGACGACCAGGAAUGGGUUGACGGCGUCCUGAAGCCAGUUCUGCAGGAAAGGUUUCCACAUCUCCAGAAGGUGGCCUUUGGGGACAAUGACCUCAACAUUGCGAUGUUCUACAUCAAUGCUCUUCACUAUGUUGUUGAUAACAGUUUCAAGACGGUCCUUUUGAUCAGCUAUAACUGUAUAAAUGACGCUUGGUUCUUGACCAAGUUGCGCAUCGCCCUGGAGCAAAUGAACGAUACCAAACUGGACAUGGUCAUCCUGAUUUUCCUUGAGGACAUCCGGGAUGCUGACCUUCCGUACCUAGUUCGGUUGUUCCUGAGUAAGAACAAACCUUACAUGCUCUGGACAGAUGAUGAGGAUGGUCAGGAACUCUUCUGGGCUCAGUUUGAGAAGAGCAUGAGAUCCAAUAGGGCUAUCAAUAGUGUUAUACCUGUUUAA